UCCACUCGCACGGUGGUCUCGUUACAGUCGAUAGCAUACGAUAAAGUAGAAACUUGGCCGAACAAGUAGUUGUUCUUUGCCUCUUCAUAAUCCAUUAUUUUCGAAUAAAAAUCUGUUCAAAUUUAGUAUUGGGCAGUCAUAGUUUUAUUUGAAAAAAGAACAUAAAAACUUCUUUCUGACAUUUUUAUUAAAAUGGUGUUUUAAUUAUAUUAAUUAAUAAUAUAAAUAUACAGUUCGAUUAAUUAAUUAUUAAAUUGGUUUCAUAUAUUUUAUAUUUAUUUAUAAAUCACUGAAAGUGCUAGUGACUUCAAGAAAAACUUUUGGAGUGAAAAGAUGGACUGGCAAUCAAUCAUAACCGUUGAGAAGAUAUUUUGGCGAAGUUAACAUGACAUCAACACACAACGCCAGCGGACAUAAUGACGGGCCGUCCACAAUGGCUGACAAAUUUGAUCCGUCUGCAAUGGGAUAUAAUGGCACACACAUGGGCAGAGGAGUCAUCCAGAUCCUUACAAAAACACUCGCUGGAGAAAGUGUGGAUAUUAUAGAUGAACCUAAGAAUAAAACAACCGAUAUCAUAGACGUCGAUGUUGUACAAGUAGCAUUUUGUAUUCUGUAUACUUUAAUAUUCGUUUUAGGUGUUUUCGGAAAUGUUUUAGUUUGCUAUGUUGUCUUUAGAAACCGAGCAAUGCAGACCGUGACAAACCUCUUCAUCACAAAUCUAGCAUUAUCAGAUAUAUUGCUAUGUCUCUUUGCGGUGCCGCUCACCCCUAUGUAUACUUUUAUUGGGCGAUGGGUUUUUGGAAGACUUUUAUGCCAUCUAAUGCCAUACGCUCAAGGGACCAGUGUCUACAUAUCUACAUUAACUCUUACCUCUAUAGCGAUAGACCGGUUCUUUGUCAUAAUUUAUCCCUUCCACCCUAGAAUGAAAUUAAACACUUGCAUUUUUAUUAUAGUUUUCAUUUGGAUAUUCUCUUUGGUAGUAACAUGUCCAUAUGGCCUUUUCAUGGGCCUAUUAAUUACAAGGAACAAGACUUACUGCGAGGAGAGUUGGCCAUCAGAUAGGUCCAGACGGAUUUUCGGGGUUUUUACAACCGUACUUCAAUUUUUAAUACCAUUUUUAGUUAUAGCCAUAUGUUAUACUUGUGUUAGUAUAAGACUGAAUGACCGCGCUAGGUCAAAACCAGGUGCUAAAAAUACAAGACGGGAGGAAGCCGACAGAGACAGGAAGAAAAGAACAAACAGAAUGCUCAUAUCUAUGGUAGCCAUAUUUGGAAUUUCAUGGCUGCCACUCAAUUUGAUAAAUAUUUUCAAUGAUUUUUACGCACAAAUGACCGAAUGGAAUUAUUACUACGUGUCAUUUUUUCUUGCCCAUUCAAUGGCAAUGGCAUCAACGUGCUAUAACCCAUUUCUAUAUGCGUGGUUAAAUGAAAACUUUAGAAAAGAAUUCAAGCAAGUGCUGCCAUUUUUCGAAUCGACAGGUGGCGUCAGGAAUAGUUACCACUCAGGAAGAAUGCCAACACAUAAGUCUGAUAAAAUAUGUAAUGGUAACGAAACAAUUCAAGAAACACUACUAGCUUCUUCAUUUAAUAGACCGCCUUCUAUAAAACAAAGAGUAUUAGAAGGCAAUGGCAGAAAAGAUAAUGGCGUGGAAGUAGAAAACAUUCUACUUGAGGAUAAAAUAAUCUCAGCUACUUUUCACACAAGAAGUGAGAAUAUGAAUCUGCAGUUAAUAGAUGAAGAAUCACAGCUCAGCGAACCAAAAGACACUAAAUCACCUGCGAUAUAAUUAGGAAGACCCAUUAGACAACGAGUUUGAGACGAUGAAGUAUUUGAUUAAUUUGACUGUAAAAUUAAAAAAAAAAUAAUGACAUUGAUGUAAAAUAGGUUUCUAUUUCAAAUGUAAUUAAAUUACUUUGCGAAACAACUAAAUGUGUAUUCUGUGACUUUAUUUGCUUGCUGUGAUCA